AUGAUUUAUGAGUUGCUGAGCUUCAAACCUUUUGUCAAUUUCUUAUUGGAAAGCAAGGAUCAACUUCUUGAGUGGCCAUAUUAUGGCGAGUUUUGGAAGAUAUAUUUACUCUUUGAGAAAUUUUGCAACCCUGAGGAAUGUGUACCCACACAAGAAGAGUUUGAGAGUUAUUUACUUCAAUUCAACGAAAUCAGCGGCUCGGCACUUGAGUUUGACAAGGGUGUAUCCGGUGUAGGGACCAGGCGUUUGAAAUGGAUAAGUGUUGAUUCUUUGGCAAUUCUCGAGAGAAAGUUGAAUAAUGAAAAAGAGCUGGAUGUGGAUGCAACAACAAGUUCAAAGUCGUCUUUGGCACCAUUGCCAUUGCCGUUGCCAUCGCCAUCGCCGUCAUUUAUGAACUCUCAAACAUUACUCAAUUUUCUCAAUAUGGAAAACCCCCGCAAUGUGAAUCUCGACAAGGCAAAUUUUUUAACCUUGAAUUUAGUUUUAAGAUUCUUAGAAAGACCAACGGCGCGGACGAUUUUGGGUGAAAGGAGGGCUCGUUUGAAUACUACGGCUUUGCCGUUUCCUUUAGUCUGCAACGAUUCAAAGCAUUCCAUUAGCUUGUCCAAUAUUGGGCUCAAUAGGAAAGACCUUGCUGGUAACAACUCCAAACAGUUGGUGUCUGAAAGCGUGGUCCACCAUAGAAUAUACCAAUCACGAAAUCUGCUCAAUAUUGAUGCUUAUCAUUGCUCAAUGAACAAAAUUCAUUUUUUGCCGAUUUUUUAUAACCAUACGGAUUUGAAUUUAGGUGAUUGUUCAUAUUUGGAUACAUGCCACAAAAUGAAAACAUGUAGAUAUCUCCAUUAUUACACGUUGAAUCCACUUGUGAAGUCAAUGGCUGCAGCCACUACAACAAAGGAACGAUCGAGUAGUGCCAGUUCAGACUAUACUUUAGGUGAAUGUUUCACUGAAUCAUUCAGACCAGUGACACAGCCACAAUGGAUCAGUUGUGAUGUUCGUUUUCUACCAUUUGAGAUAUUGGGGAAGUUUGCAGCAAUAAUCUCAGAUCCAGCUUGGGAUAUCCACAUGUCACUACCUUACAGUACUUGCAAAGAUGACGAGCUAUUAGCCCUUCCCAUGGAUGCGUUACAAGACGAAGGAAUCAUAAUGUUAUGGGUAACUGGCCGGUCUAUUGAAAUUGGUCGUCGUGCUUUGCUUAAAUGGGGUUACAGUGUUAGUGAUGAAAUGAUAUGGAUAAAAUUAAAUCAAUUGAAAAGAACGAUUGUUACUGGGAGAACGGGACACUGGCUCAACCAUUCAAAAGAGCACCUAUUAGUUGGAUUGAAGGGCAAUCCACUUUGGCUCAAUUCGAAAAUCGACACUGAUGUAGUUGUCAGUAAUACUAGAGAAACUUCGCACAAACCUGACGAGUUUUAUGAAAUCAUCGAGAGAAUGGUUGGUAAACAUGCAAGAAAGCUUGAAAUAUUUGGCAGACAGCACAAUACGAGACCUGGUUGGCUAACCAUCGGUAACCAACUACAGGGUGUUUCAUUAUGUGAGCCCGAAGUUAAAAGUAAAUAUGAAUCUUUCAUGAAUACACAUGUAUAA